UUUUUUUAAAACUUAGUUAACUAAUUUGUAUUGCCACUUGUGGCAGACCAUUUGUACUAUGUUGUUAUUGGAGAGGGGAGGGUUCCCUUUGUUUUAUUCUAAUUUGCAUGUUUGAGGUUGAGCGAGUCUGUCUAUUUUCAGACAAGGAACCUCCUCCAAGAACAGGGAGGUCGACCGUACUCUGCAGCAAUUGACUUCUCGAAGUAUUUUUGUCAGGUGCAAAGUACAAAUCGGAGGUGGAAUGGCGUGUCUUACGUAGAUGAGCGCAGCUCCAACAACACGCUAGAAAUACAACCCCCAACCUGAACAAAGCAGACUGCUUGAUUUAAACACUCUCAAUCAUUGCAUUGUGCUACAUUGAAACCAAGCAAGGGAUGCAAUGCAUCAACUUGACUUGGCCUCACUUUCAAAUCCACAGUAAUCGCGUGACCCUGCAAGUUAGAGUUUCAUAAAACCAACAUGAAAUAAAGGAAAUUCAACCUGAUCUAAAAAUAAUAUUAAUCUGAAGAAGGGUCUCGACCCGAAACGUCAGCUUUCCGGCCCCUCUGAUGCUGCUUGGCCUGUGUUCAUCCAGUUCUACACCGUGUUAUCUCAGAUUCCCUAGCAUCGGCAGUUCCUACUAUCGCUUAAUCGUAGUAUUUGUCCCCAACAUCAAGAUGGUUGGUCUAUGUGGAUAGCAUAUCACUGCAAGCAGACCUUUUUUUGCCAAGAUACGUCUACCUUUGCAUGGAAGUAGUCCCUUUUUUGCACCAAUGAACUUCGUGCAACAUCGUAUGUGUGCAUAUUUGUGUGUGCGUGCAAUCGCUGCAACACUUGAUGGUAUUCACAAAUAAGGACACUGUCUCAUCAAAGCGACCGAAACCAGUCACUCCAGGUGUGAAGCUGAUGAAAGCUUGCUCUCUAGAGUCUGCCCCGUGAGCAAAUAAGAUUAAAAACAAACAUCAAAACGCAGGCCAACUGUGAUAUUAGCUACUGUCGAUGAUUCAAGACAUUGAUUAAACAAUUGGAGCCUUGGGUCAGAAUCUUUAAGUGACAUCAUGGCUUCUAGAACAGCAAUCACAAUGGUGGACACUGAUAACAUGCUGAAAUACUUUGGCGAGAAACUUCAUAUUGUUAUUGAAGAUUUCAAAGAAAAUACUAUAUGGCUGAAAGAAAUCCAGGAGGAAGCCAAAAAGAUGUUCAUCAGUGAUUUUACUGCAGAACCUGAGUUAAUGCCAAAAACGCCUUCAGAAAGAAAGCGGCGUAGGAGACGACCAUCUGUGGCACAGGAUUCCAGUAAGAGACUUUCAAGAAGCAGAAGAAAUUUGAGGCGCUCUUCAACUCAAAGGGCAAAGCUCAGAAGUAGGGUUAUCGAGGAAGAUAACAGAGACUGCAACAAGAUAGUUGAGGAGUCAGCACACCCUGUACGUCUAACACGGUCAACAACACGUGCACUAGCAACUACCAAUCUUGAAACUGACAAAAAUAAUGCGUUCCCUGUUGUCCCAGUUAAUGGUAAAGUACCACUUGUUGUCAUGUCACCAAAUGACAGUAAAACUAUUGAGUUAGACCAAAAAGGUCAGGCAGUUAACUUUAAAACUCUGACAGCUUCUUCUGAAGAUGUGAAAUUGUCUCAAAAGGAAUUUGAGACAGAACGACCUCCCAGUACACCUGUUUUGGAAACAUUGUCUGCUGCCACUUCAGUGAUCCCCAGGAGCCCAAAUCGAGCAGCAACUAAGGUGAAAAUAGCAGGUGCUGUAACUGCUGAAGAAAAUUGUGUGAAUGAGUGUUUAACUGAUCGAGACUUAAAUAAUUCUGUGGAGUCACUAGCUGCUAGUGAGAACUCCAUCACUGAAGAUGAAAACCAGUCCAACCAUAAGGCUAAUCGUAGAUCAGUGCGGAAAAGCACUGCCAGUCGCCGGUCCAGCUGCCGUAGCCUAGUGGGUAAAUAUUCAUUGAAUAUUCAACGGACCGUCAUGGUACAGGAAUCGAUGAGGAAUUCCUUGCGUAAAUCCAUUACCAAGAGGCGGAAUGUUCUGGAGUCUUCUGCUUCCAACUGUAAGUCUCAAAACUGUUUUGACAAUAUGGACAAGAGAGCAUGUGUUGAUGAAAAUUCUCGCACUCUGUUUAAAUCUGAAGACCCAAAGGAAGAUGAGCAAUCAGCCUCCAAGGUUCCUGAAAAUCAAGAGCGUAGAUGUACACGAAGUGUCAUGAAAAAUGCCAUCUACAGUCAAGAUAAGGAGGGGGCUGCUAAUCUACAAACAUGUAGAACUUCAAAAGUUCAGAGAAAAGAGAGCAGUGGUUCUGAUGAACCAGUUUCUUCUGAUGGCCAGAGUGUUGGACGGAAACACAGUUACAAGCGUGCAAUGGCAAAUGUGUGUAACUACACUGAAGAAAGAGAAAAAGAUGACUUUCCACCAAGAAAGAAGACCCCUUCACCAGAUCCUGCAGCCAGCAAAGUGGUUCGACCAAAGCAUAAAAGCUUCCUCCAUGCAGUUCAGAAGAAUCAAUUGCUGAUGACCCCAGUAUCUGUUGGCCGGACAGUAGUGAAGUCCUUCAUUAAACGCAACACUCCAUUGAAAGUUGAUCCCAAGGAACAAGAGAAAGCUCGUCUGGCAAAUCUAAAGAAGAAGCGAGAACAGGAGGAAGAAAGAAUACAAAAAGUGGAGGAAGAGAAGAAACGCAAAGUGGAAGAGUUCAAAAAGAAGCGGGAAAUGCAAGUGAAACGGGUUUUGGAAACUCGUUCCCGAGUUCAACAGCAAGAAGAAGAGAAGAAAAAGAAAAUUGAGCAGAAGUUUGCACAAAUCAAUGAGAAGAAUGCAAAGAUGCGUGAGGAAAGAUUUGCUGAAGAAAAAGUGAAAAGGAAAGUUGCUGCCAAGAGGAUGGAGGAAGCAGAAGCUCGAAGGCGGCAAGAGGAGGAAGCCCGAAAUAAGAGAUUGCAACAGUUGGAGGAGGAACGCAGAGAACUGCAGCAGCGCAAGAAGGAAGAAGAACUAGAGAAGCAACGUAAAAUGGCAGAAGCUAGAAAACUUCAAGAACAACGCCAAGCUGAGUUGGAGAGAGCACGAUUACAUGAGCUGCAGCUGGCUGCGGAUAGGGAGCGGGAACGAAUAAGGGAAGAAGAGAGUAUUCGGGCAGAGAAAGAACGUGAACGACUGGAGAAAGAAAAGGCCCUUCAGUUACAGCGAGAGAUGGAGCGAACAGCACGGGAGGAUGCUGUAUUACAGGCUCAACGAGAAAAGGAAAAGCUUCAUCAAGAAGCGCAGGAGAAAGAAAGAAAACGGGAAGAGCAGCGUUUGGCAGAGCUGGAAAAGCAGAGUUUAGAAAAAGAAAAAAAUAAAAAAGAGCAGGAAAGACUGGAGUCUGAGCGACAGGAAAAAGAGAAGAAACUUCGUGAAGCUGAAGAAAGAAAAUGGAAGGAAGAGCAAGACCAGAAAGCAGAAAAGGAGGUCACCAGCAAAAAUGUACUGAAUGUGACUGUGGAAGUGCAUCACUCUCCAGCCCCUGAAUCGUAUGCCAUGACUCCAAAUAGCUAUUCAAAAUUCAAGAUGCCAAAAGUAAAUUUGGACAACUAUGGAAUGGAUUUGAACAGUGAUGAUUCUACAGAUGAUGAGGGAGCACCACGUAAACCAAUCCCUGCUUGGGCUGAUGGUAAACAAUUGCAGCAAGCCCUUAUAAAGCAGUAUUACCACCCAUUUGAUGUGGAUAAAUUCUUUGGUAUCAUUCAACCUCCUGAUCUUAGGAACAUCUUCGGCAAGAUCAAGCCACGUUACCUGAAGCGGACCAGUUCUGCAGUGUGGCAUUCGCCACCAGUAUCAAACAGCAUUAGGAAUGUACCCUAUGGCCUUCUGAAAUACUGAUUGUUGUCUCUCUAUUUUUAGAGUGGCAUUCUAACUAUUGUAAAAUGUGACCCUGUCUUUCUGCUCUAUUAUUCACUUGACCAAUUUGAUAUUGUAACAUUGCUAUCUCUCUCUUUCUUUUGUCUUUGUAUAUACAUAUGAGAUGAAGACUUCAAAUGGAAAAUUGGUCAACUGCUUCUCUGGAACUUUUUUUAUGUGUGGAUUUGCUUUGCGAUUUUUACCUUUUAUAAUAUUAGGGAUAUCUAUUUGGGUCAUUUUAAUUUAGACUUCAGUUUUGGAGGUCUUUUACUUGGGCUAAGAUUUAAAUUCACUGCCUGAUGGGAUAAAAAUUCUGUUUCUCUGUUGUAAGAGGCCUCUGUGUCAUGAGUUUGAAAAGUUUCCUGUAACUGGAACAGGAAAGGGGAGAAAUAGUCAAAAUGUUCAACAGGUGGUUUAUUAGAUAGCAAGCUGAAUAGUUGAUGUAGGAAAUGAGAUGGAGGGGCAGGAGAUAUAAUCUUUGGUAAGAUUACCUUUGAACUUCAGUCUAGCCAUGUCUUUGGGACCUUGACAAUUUCUCACUCUAUACACCUGACCUGAGAUCCAAGUGCCUCAAAUGAGCUGAGUUCUGGUCCAUAUCUUGAACACAAUGGAAAUCCAGCACUUCCACUGCAGACAUUUUGUAUUUUAUUUCUUGGAUUACAGUAGGAAUUCCUUCUUUUAAGAGGCACUUACUCCUAUUACUUUUGUUUUAAUUUGGAAGCUUCUGAUUUACAAAUUUCAAUAGGGUGGAAAGCAAUCAGAAAUACAAAAGACAAAAUGUCCAGUUACUUGUCUGUGCUGAGCUAGCUAAUCUCAACUAGGGUGACAUUUGGUGUCCAAAUUUGGCUUCGCUGCCUCUUGCUUAGAAAUUUGAACUCUGAUUUUUCUUGGUGCAAAGAAUUGUGCAGAUGGGGAGUUUGGAGGGCAAGAACCAGCUUGUUUGUGUUUUUCCUCCCUACAAACAACCUGGAAAUAAUUGCUGCUUGGAUUCUGGUGCCAGACCAUCGUUUGGAUGGGAUAUCUCAACACCCAUAGAGAAUUGUACCCCAGAAAGUUGUCUUAAGAGAAUGUUAGUAACAAAAUGUCAGUGUCAAACCUUAAACAUUAAUGCUGUCCUUACUGUUGCCGGGAGCUCUGAAUUUGGGUUUGUUUUCUGUUGACUUCAGGUAGGAUAAAAAACUGAACUGAACAUCUCCUGUGCAAUUAUUCUGUCUGACAAGCAUCAUUAAAUAAUUGAUUUGUAUGGCACUGUUUUUAUUAAAAAGAAACUUUGUAAAAUG